CACUAACAUGGAUGUACAUGAAUGAUUUUCCUGUGCAUUAAUCACUUGCUUGUCAUUACCAUUUUUGCUCCUUAAACUUUUGAUUCAAAAAUUCUAUUUCGGUGUAUGUUCCUCUUUCAAACUGGUCCCCAUCACAAUGAGAGACCCUUCAUUUCAUCCCAAUCCCAAAUGCUUUGCUCUUGUGCAACGAAACAACCCGGAGUGCUGGCACAUGGAUUUUCAUCAUCAACACACCCCACUCUUCUUCAUCAUCAUCAACAACACCAAGCUACUGAAAGUCCCAAAGGAGUUUCUGAAGCAUUUGAAUGAAGAUUUGUCCAGUGAUGCAAUUCUUAUUGGAACUUCUGGUGGCCAGUGGCAAGUAACUAUUUUGAAGAAAGGAAAUGAAAUUUAUAUGCAAAAUGGUUGGCCACAAUUUCUGACAGAUAACUCGGUGGUGCUUGAUGAGUUCUUGCUGUUUAGAUAUCUCGGAGAUAAAUGCUUCCAUGUUCAAAUUUUUGGUAAGAAUGGAUGUGAGAGGCCAUGCCUCACAGAAACAAGACAAGAAGAAGCUGCCACCCCAAGUUUGGUGAGGACAGAGAAGAGUAGACAAAGAAAAACUUCUUCUGGUUCAUUCCUCCACGGAUCCAAGUCUUGUCAAGAAGAUCUGGCUUUCAGCAACAAAUGUUCACUUUCUAAUGGAUGUAAGACAAAGAAAACAAGGCAAAAACAAGCUGCCACCCCAAGUUUGGUGAGGACUAAUAAGAGUAAACAAAGAAAAACUUGUGCUAGUUCAUUUCGCCCCCAUGAAUCCAAGUCUUGUCAAGAAGAUAUGCCUUUCAACAACAAAGACACACUUUCUAACGGAUGUUUCAGAGAAAUAAGACAAGAACAAACUGCCACCCCAUGUUUGGAGAGGGCAGAAAAAUGUAAACAACAAAAAACUUUUGCAGGUUCAUUGCACCUCCAUGAAUCAAAGUCUUAUGAAGAAGAUCUGGUUUUCAGCAACAAAGGCUUACUUUCUAAGAACUUUUCAAAGCCUCGGAAUUCAAUUAAAUUUGAAAGCUCAGAAGCAUGCAAAUUGGCUGAGACUUUUACCUCUGGCAAACCUCAUUGGAAGCACCUCCUGAGAAAAUCUAAUGUGGAAAAUCCUUGCAUAUUGGUAAAUCACAUUGCUACUGAGUUUGCCAGAAUGUAUAUUCCUGAAGCAGUUACAGAGAUCAUUCUUUGGAAUCCGGAAGGUAAAUUUUGGGAAGUAACAGUGAAUUCUCAAAGUAAAAGGUAUACUCAGCUUACUACAGGAUGGGGAAGAUUCGUUCGUGAUAACAAACUCAUGAGAGGUGACACUUGCAUAUUUGAACUUGAAGAGGGAAACGAAGUUAGUGUUCACAUAUUCAGAACCAGAUGUGCCAAAUAUUAAUAUGAAUUCGGUCUUUAUUUGAUUUAUGUCAUGUUAGUGAUCUCAGUUAAGCAAUUAGUUUUAGCUUGUGCUCCACUACUACAAUUUGGUUCUUAUAUGGCCAACUAGAAUAUGAAUAAACCCAAGUUUAUUA